AUGCAUUACAGCCAGAUCUUUAACAGGACAGAAUACGUGGUGAUCCAGAAGCUGCAGAUCAAUGUCAAAGAAAGCGACUGGAAGUUUUGGGGAACAGUCGAUCCGAACACGAUGGAGGAGAUUGACAAGCUGAUGGAGGGCCAAAAGGGUCAAGAUACUCUGGCUGCCAGGUUCAGAGAACAAUUAUCCACCGUGACUGGCGGCUUUGUCGGCAUGUUAGGUUAG